CGGCAGACAACAGGAGUUAAGAACAUAAACGGGGGAAUACGAAAACACAGAGACUAGAGAGAGAGAGAGAGAGAGAGAGAGAGAGAAGAGAAGGACCAUGGGGACCUUGUGGUUAUGGCUCUUGUCCUUCUUCUUCCUUGUUGGUCUACUCUGCACCCUAGGUUUCCAGCUUAUGUGCUUGGUGGACCUAGAGUUUGACUAUAUCAAUCCAUAUGAUUCAGCAUCCCGGAUAAAUGGGGUCGUUUUGCCAGAGUUUAUAGUUCAAGGAGUGUUAUGCCUCUUCUUUCUACUUACCAGAAGUUGGCUUAUGUUUGUGUUCUCUGUGCCGUACCUAUGUUAUAAUGUGAGAUUGUACAUGCAACGGCAGCACUUGGUUGACGUAACUGAGAUCUAUAACCAGCUGAGAUGGGAGAAAAAGCUUCGGUUUUUCAAGAUCGGCUACCUCAUUAUGCUAUUUUUCCUCUCUCUAUACUGGUUGAUUUCAAGCAUCUCAGUGGAAGAUGAAUAGUCCAGGAGUACGUCUCUUGACAAGCUUGCUGCUGUAAGCCUGUAUCUUGAUGGAGGCCUGAGAUAUGGGUUUUUUGGGAUCUUUUUCCAGGAGUACACUAUAAAUUUAGCCAGCAUUCAGGCACCUCAUUGGCGAUUUAUUAAUGUGUUGGUACCAUCAUCGAUGUUCCACUCUUUAUAUGCAGGCAUUCUUCCUUUUUUUUUUUUUUCUUGUUUAUCAAAAACCCUUGUAUUCUAAUUAGCUAUAGUACUAGAUUGCAAUAGGUCAUCAUGUCUGUUUAAGUACUUUUAUUUGUAGUAAAUAUGAAGAAACUUAACCAUAUGCAACUCAGAAGCACGUGUUUUUGCUCUUCCUGAGGUUGGCAUUAUUCAUAAUAAUAGAUAGAAAACUGGAAAAGCACAACGGUGAAUCGCUUUUGCAUAGAA